AUGAUGUGGUCCAACUUCUUAAUGCAAGAGGAGGACCGGCGAAGGGGGGCAUCGGGCCGGGCUCGAGGGCAGCACAAAUCUGGGCUGUCGCCGGAGCAGGAGGGGAAGAUCAAGCUGGUGCUGCUGCUAACCUCUGUGGGCGCCACGCUGGCUGUGCUGGCUGUGGGUACUGAGUUCUGGGUGGAACUCAACACCUUCAAGGCCAAUGGCAGCGUUGUGUGCGACGCCGCCCACCUGGGACUAUGGAAGAUGUGCACCAAGCGACUGUGGCAGGCGGACGUGCCAGUGGACAGGGAGACAUGCGGCCCUGCCGAGCUGCCUGGAGAAGCCAACUGCACCUAUUUUAAAUUCUUCACCACGGGGGAGAAUGCACACAUCUUCCAGAGAACCACAAAAAAAGAAGUGAAUCUGGCAGCUGCAGUGAUAGCAGUGCUAAGCCUGGCAGUCAUGGUCCUGGGGUGCCUCUGUGUCAUCAUGGUGCUCAGCAAAGGUGCAGAGUUCCUGCUCCGAGUUGGAGCUGUUUGCUUUGGCCUCUCAGGCCUGCUGCUCCUGGUCAGCCUGGAGGUGUUCCGGCAUUCCGUGCAAGCCCUGCUGCAGAGGGUCGGCCCAGAGCCACCUGCGGCCCCGGCCCUGACCUACGAGUACUCCUGGUCUCUGGGCUGCGGUAUGGGGGCUGGCCUGGUCCUGAUGCUGGCGGGUAUCUGCUUUCUCUCACUUACCCUGCCGUCCUGGCCCUGGAGCUCACUCUGUCCCAAGCAGGGGCACAGGGCUACCUAG